AUGAGCCAGGAGGAAGAGAAAUGCAGAUCCGGUUUACCGUCGUGCAACGUGACACCGGAAAAAUCACAAAGGACACGACUGGAUAGUGGAUCCGAGAGGAGAAACGCGAAUUCGCAUCUACAGGGAAUAAAACGAAGAAUUCACUAUACACCUCAGAACAGUCCGAAUAAAUAUUCAAAAACGCCCCAAAGCAGCGGAUCCUUCAGAAAAGAUGUGAAAUUUCAAAUUGAUAGCACCUCCAGCAACCGGAAGAACGAAUCAUCCUAUCACGAGAGUCUGCCGAAGAUUCAGAAAACAUGCCCCAGCGGAAAGUUCGUCGAUAUGCUGAUAGGAAAAUGGUCGAAACACAUGGGUGUACAGAAUCCUUUGUUGCAAAACGAAUCGGCGCAGGAAAGCCCAAAGACACAGGAAACAACACAGAAGGACGCCAUGGUGGAGCGGAAGAUUCAAAUGUUGCAGAAGAAACUGAAAGCCGCCGAGGAAAGCAUAUCGUCGCUCACGGUCGCUCGUGAAACGGAAUCACGCGCCAAAGAGGAAAUACUGAAACAAUUGAACAGCGACUGGGAAUCGAUCACUAAGUAUUAUCACGAGAUAUCUGAAAGUCUGAAGUCAUUUCACGAGCACAAAGACAAUCUAUCCAAAACGUACAGCAAUAUUAUUACUAUGCAAGAAUCGACCGUGAAAAGGUUGCAGCAAGAAUUAAGUAACAUGAGAUUAAAAGAUACGGAACAAAAGAACUUCUACGCGGCAGUGGAAAAUAAAGUAGUGAUCCAGGAAAAUAGAAUACAAGAAAUGAUGGUCGCGGAGAUAGAGUUGAAGAAACAAUUGGAGUGUAUCAAGAGUGAGUCAAUAUCAGAGAGAAAUCACUUAAAGAGGAUUCACGCGGAAGAAAAAUUAGAAUUUACGAAGGAACACGAAAAACUCACGUCGACGAAGGACGAGUUACAACGGCAAUUAAAAACUGUCGCUGAAGAGAAGCAAAAUUUAAGCGACUCGCUGAAAGAAAGAGAUAAAGAUAUCUUGGUUCUGCAACAAGAUAUUAUUGCGUUUCAGAAUAAGAUUGAGAAUCUGUUGAAUCUAAAUGCAGAAUUAAACGUGAAAUACGAGAAAUCGGUCGAGAAAGAGGAGGAACUGAAAAAGGAAUUGGAAUCGAAAAUGAUAGAAAUCGAUAGACUCAGAGAAAAUUUGAACACAAGACGGGAAAUAGAAACCGGAUUAGCUAAAGAUUUGGAUACAAUUGACAAUAAAUAUAGAAGCUUACAUAAUGAUUUUAUUAACGUCGAUAAUAAGUUAAAGGAGACGCAAGCUCGUAACGCGGAACUCGAGAAAACUGUUCGGGACAAUAAAUACAACAGCGAGCACAAAGUAAUAGAAUUAAACAAAAAAACGGAAAUUUUGGAGAAAGAGAAGGAAAGAAUACUUUCAGAGAACUGUAGAAAGAUUAAGGAUCUAGAGAGCUCGCGUAAAUUGUUACAAGAGAAAUACGAAACGGAGAUAAUAACUUUAAAGACAGACUCUGAAGCGAAAUUAUCUGAACUGAAAAAAACUCUGGCCACCCGAAAUUCUGCUUUCGAAAAGUUGAAUGUUAAUUUAAAUAAAAUAAGCGAAGAAGUUAAAAGGUUGAGAAAGACCGAGGCAAAAGAAAAUCAGGUCAAUUUGAACGAAACAGCGGAAUCAAAUAAAGCGCAUAACUUAACAAAUCAAUCAAAGAGAAAAGAGUACCAUAUGGAAGAUGAAGAAAUUAUCGGUUCACCAAAGAUUACAUCUAACGAUAAAAAUGAAACGGUGCAUCAGAAAAAACAGGAUGUAUAUAGUUUUACCACUAAAGAUGGUGAUAACAAAUUAGAUACAAUAUGGUCAUCUAUGAGACAAGAAAAAAGAAUCAAGUUUGACAUCAAUUCGUCCACUAAGGAUAAGAGUCUAACACAACAAAAUAUAGAAUCUCAAAGAUAUGAAGAAGAAGACGAGGAUUCUAGCAGCAAAUCACAGCCUAAAAAGAUCUUCAAAACGCGUGGUACUGGAUUAAGGCAAUACAACACCGCAAGGAAAACAUUGCGGAAGUAA